AUGUUUAUUAGAGAUAUUCAAAUAAAUUAUGGUUUAUUAUUAGAUUCAUUAUCUAUGGUAGUUAUGGUACCAGUAGGAAUAGUAACUUUAGCUGUAUUAUUUUAUGCUAUAGAUUAUAUGAGAUAUGAUCCUAAUCGUAAUCGUUUCUAUAUAAUACUUAGUGUAUUUGCUAUAUUUAUGACAGUUUUAGUAGUUAGUGAUAACUAUGUUAUGAUGUUUAUAGGAUGA